GAUGUCUGUAUCUAUUGGUGGCCAUUGGUAGUGGGGUAAGGCUCUGAUUGGUGGGCAGUGAUUAUGUGGGUGGUAGCAGUUGUCCAUCUCCUUAAAAGCAUCAGCAUGUGUUACGGUACAUGAGAAGAUUUUGCCUUCAGGAGAGGCAACACCACCACCUGCAACUGCUGCUGAGGUGAUCAUUGUUGAGAAUGAAGACGGCUGAAGUUGUUCUGUUGUUGCUGUGGUCUGGGCAGUGUGUGACUGCAGCAUCCAGUGAAGCUCUCCAAACCACAGGCACAGGCAAAGACUCCCCACCACAGCCAGACAUCCAGACUGUGCUGAGAGAGAUGAGCAGCCUCAUUGCAGAGCAGAGAGUGGAGCUCAAGUGCACCAAGACACAACUGGAGACUGUGGAGAAGAAGGCAGAAGCCAUGGAGGAAAGACUGAGGGCCAGUGAGAUUAAAGCAGAGGUCAUGGAGGGAAAACUAAGGGUCAGUGAGAAAACUGUGGAAGAGCAAAGAGCUGUGCUCACACACACCAAGACACAACUGGAGACCAUGGAGAAGAAGGCAGAGGCCAUGGAGGAAAGACUGAGGGCCAGUGAGAACGUGGUCAAUCAACUAAAGAUUGAAAACAAGGCUCAGGCAAUGGGUCUGAAUCUCACUGUGGCAGAUGUAUCAGAUCUGAAGAAGGAGAGAGAACAGAGCAAGGUGUCUUUCUCAGCCUCAUUGGUGAAAGAGGGUGGUGGCGGAAAUUUUGGACCCACUACUGAUGCUCCUCUGGUGUUCAGAAACGACUUCACCAACAUUGGCAAUGCCUACAGUGCAAACACAGGGGUCUUCACAGCUCCAACCAGAGGAGUCUACUUCUUUGUUGUGUUUGUACUUGGUCAAGGCCAUGGAUCUACAGCUACAGGAGUCUGGCUGUUUAAAAAUGAUAAGCGCUUUGCUCUAGCAUGGAGUCGACAGCAAGACGGCUACACCAAACCCUCCAAUGGAGCCUCUGUGGCGAUGGAGAAGGGAGAUGAGGUCUACGUCAAGCUGGAGUCUUCUUCAUGGGUGCAUGAUAACCAGAAUAACAACUGUGUCUUCUCUGGACACCUGCUGUUUCCCAUGUGAGGGCGUCAACACAACGCAAAAUGCAGAGUCCAAAAUCCACCAUUACAGUAGCUACUUUGGUAACACUUUAUUUUAGGGAUACAUCUAAUAGCACUAAUACAUACAAUGUGCCUGUAUAAGUAACUUGUAAGACAUGUACAAAGCAAAAUCAAACAUUUGUUAGGCAUUUAUUUGCAAAUGUCUUGUUCAUGCACAAUAAGGGAUUUAUUACCAAUUUAACCUUAGCGUUUGCUUAGUACAUGCCUUACAAGUUACUUAUGCAGGCAUUAAAGGGACAGUUUGGUCAAUUUCAACAUGCAGUUGUAUUGCUCACGCUACCCUUGACUUGUCAGUACCUGGUGAUGCCACAUUUUUCGGCUCAGCCCUUUCCGAGAUAUGAGCAAUUCUAAUGGGGGCAGCGUUUGUUUACAUUUUUAAAAAAUGAAACAUAGGCCAACUCCAAAUAUUUUCCCAAAAGGUACUGCUGUUUGCUAGUUGUCUGCUGAUGUUUUAUAACUUUUUGGAUGUUUUUGGGAAUAAAUAAAAAUGUUUUUUUGAAAUGUAAACAAAGAGCUGCCCCCAUUACAAUGACCAGGAUCUCGGAAACGGCUGAAGAAGAAGAAAAAAAAUCUCUGGCACUGACAAGUCCAGGGUGAGCAUUACAACUGCAUGUUGAAAUUGACCAAACUGUCCCUUUAACAUUGUAUGUAUUAGUGCUAAUAGAUGUAUCCCUAAAAUAAAGUGUUACCGCUACUAGGACAUUUGACAACCGUGCAAAAAGUUAUCAAUAGGGUUGGAGGUUCAAGAAUUCAGCGGUUGCCAAGAUCGGAUUUGGAUUUUAAGAUGUCCCUCUUAUGAAGAGGAUUUACAACAUUAUCUGUAAAAAGACUAUUUUAUUCAAGUAAUAUCUUAUGUAGUGUAAAACUUUGAGUGAACUCUCUCUCUCUGUCUGUUUCUGUCAUUUACUGCAUCUCCUAAACGACGAACAUGGAAGAGGCCUUGGAAAUACCACGUUCAGUCCUCUUCAGUUUGGUUUACUUUGCCCCCCCCCCCCCUUCCUGACCAAACUGAUAAACUUAAACUUAGACUUUCCACGUUGCCAGAUAUGGAUAUAUGUGUGUUUUUGGACGAUAACUCUGUUAAAAAAAGUUUUUUCUUGUUUUUGAUGGAUCUCUGCUGUGUAAAAUACAACAAAUAAACCAUACUAUCUUUAAAUCUG